AUGUCGGUACCGCAACCCGAGCCAGUCCAGGGUGUAGGAUCUCCAUUGCCAGCUCACACCAUGGACCCUAUCGAUGAGAAAUACCAGAGCCAGCACACGGAAUAUGAGGAGAAGGUUCAACCUAAAGUCGACUACUCUGGAGCUGCGGCUAAGACGAGCCCUGAAGAGAAGAAGCUUGUCAGGAAAUUAGACAUCUGGAUCAUGCCCAUGCUCUGGCUCAUGUACUGGCUCAACUACCUGGAUCGCAACGCCAUCACUCUCGCUCGUCUGAAUGGCUUCCAAAAGGACCUUGGACUCACUAGUUCACAAUACAGCACUGCUAUCUCUAUCCUUUUUGUUGGAUACAUCCUCGGACAGAUCCCCAGUAAUAUGAUCAUCACUCGGGUCAAACCUUCGUGGUACAUGGGUAUCUGCAUGAUGGGCUGGGCAGUCGUAAGCGGGCUCACUGCCGUCGUGCAUAAUUACACAGGUAUUGUACUUGUGCGCUUUUUCUUGGGUGUAGUCGAGGCGCCCUACUACCCAGGAGCGCUCUACCUCCUGAGCAUCUUUUACACGAGGAAGGAGAUUGCGACACGCAUCAGCAUUCUCUAUUCUGGCAACAUACUCGCGUCGUCCUUUGCCGGACUCAUUGCCCUUGGCGUCUUCAAACUCGAUAAUGUCCAUGGUAUCAGCGGAUGGCGUUGGCUGUUUAUAAUUCAAGGUGCCGCCACCUUUGUCAUCGCCGUAGCAGCCUGCUUUGUCCUCCCCGACGAGCCUCUAACUACAUGGUGGCUUAACCCCGAAGAACGCCAACUUGCGCACGCUCGGGUCGCAAGAGAUACUGUUGGCCACUCUGCCGAUAUCUCCAUGCUUGCCGGUCUCAAGGAAGCUAUCCGUGACCCCAAAGUGUGGGUAUUCGUCUACAUGCAACACCUACACAUCGCGACUAACGGCUUCAAAAACUUUAUGCCGACGAUUGUCAAUACGCUAGGCUUCUCGCAGGAAGUCACACUUGUGUUGACAUGCCCACCAUACCUGAUAGCAGGUGCAUUCUCCAUCGCAUGGGCGAUAUCAUCCGGCCAUUAUAACGAGCGCACUUGGCAUAUCACUAUCGCUAAAGGCGUGGCUAUCUUUGGGUUCGUGCUCGGCUGUGCGACUAUGAACGUAGGCGCAAGAUAUUUUGCCAUGUGCGUCUUCACAAUCGGCACGUAUGGCGUCAACAGUAUUAUCCUUGGGUGGGUAUCUUCAACAUGUGGGCAGACAAGGGAGAAGAAGUCUGCUGCUCUGGCUAUUGCCAACGUCGCGGCUACCCUCAGCUUGAUCUGGACUCCUUACAUCUGGCCAGAGUCUUCGGAGCCGCGGUUCGUAUUUCCGUUGUCCAUGAGUGCCGGUAUGGCGCUGAUGUGCGCGGCUGGCGCGUGGCUCAUGCGGUGGUGGCUGAUCCGGGAGAAUCGAAGGAUCAAGAGCUCCAACUCCGAGACUACGAUGUUCUACGCUUAUUAA